UGGGCGAAAGAAUAUUAUCAAUGACAGCUGAACAGAUAUAUGAUAUCACCGCUGUUAAGAAUGAGUUAUUCCCUGUUGCCCAUAUCAACCAACUACUUGCUGAUAAACUAUUCAGAAUUCAGCUACAAAGGUCAUCAUCCAGAACACCAGACAAAAAUGCAGGUUCUCUGGUUCUUUUGUCAUACACUGAAAAACUAACCAUGUUUCUACCAGAAGAGUCAACAUCUGCGAGUGGUGCCGACAGAAUUAUGGAAGAAGAGCCAAUACUUGUGACUGAUGCAAAAGCAACUAAGAAACGGAAAAGGGAAUCAAGUACUCUACCAAAGCUACAGUCAAGGUUAGAAACUCAAAUGCCAUAUUUUACGAUGUACUAAUGUUCUUAAAAUGAAUAUAUUCUUUGAACAGAUUGUCGAACCAGUGAUGUUCGCUCAGACAGUAUGCGAUGUACAAGCACAUUUUGAUAACAUUUUGCCAGAUCAUAUUGAUCUUUUAACAAAGUUUAGAUAUUUGACCGCCUUAACAAACUGUUCCACAUUUUUUGCGUAGAUAGUUGUCAGUAGUAUGUGCCUGUGUUUUUGAAGGUAAUUGGUAUUAUUUUUGGAUAUUGGAGCGGCCUCUAGAUGUUGUACAUAUCAGUCUG